AUGCAAAACAUAUUCAAUGCUUGGAUAUAAAUCCCUGUCAAGGAACACGUUUGCCAAGACAUUCACCUUCCUGGGAGCGUUGUACGACUUCAGGCUAUAGGGAUAAACAAAAUAACACAAAGGACUGUUCUAUGGAAGCCAAAGAUAUUGAGCCAGACGACGUAUUGUGAGGACUAACCGGCACUGAGUGGAAGCAGAAAACUCCAGGAAGAUUGAGAGUGAUGAAAAGCCAAAUCCAACCCACGGGAGCUUUGUUUGAGGUAAACAUGGAUGUUUAUUUAACCGUAUUUGAACUAACUUUCUCACCUCACCUGCACCUGGCUUUGUUUAGCAUACGGCUGCCCGAUUUGUAGAUUUAACAUAUAUUCUCAACUAUAACAUCAGCCUAUUUGGAUAUUUUAUAUGUAUUUCAGAAGCUAAUUGUGUAAAUCUUUUCCACAGGCAAACACCACCAAAGUGAAGUGAAUAGCCACCUGGUUUGAAGUGUGUGUGUCUUUUUUUUGUCAUCUUGGCAUCUGUUUGAGCUGCACACUGUGGAAUAACUUCUUGUGAUACAGAUUGUCGACGUGUUUGCGAUAAAGAUUAUCACUAUGUACGUGAUGAAUAAAUCGACCAUCUGGGUACUGACUGGCCUGUUGGCCGUCACAACUGUCUUCUUCAAUGUUUACAUCUUCCUGAUGAGCCUGUUGAGCUACAGGCAGAACAAGAAGUGGAGUCCCUGUGAAACCAUCAUCCUGGCUCUGUCGCUGGCCGACGUCGCCCACCAGCUGGUCUGCUACCUCUGGAUGACCAUGGAUGAGGUGGACAGUAAGUGCCGCAUCGCCGACCUGCCCUACGCUGUCAUGCUGCUUUUGAUCUUCAGCCUCAAGUUCACCAUCAUGUGGGAUACCGGCUUCCUCACUUUCUACUACAGCACCAAGCUGGUCAACGCGCCCAAUCACUGCUACACACGGAUCCAGGCUGUCAUCCUCAAACACGUGAGCUUGGCCGUGUUGCUCAUCCCUCUGUGCGCCUUGGGCACCUGUAUGCCGAUGCUGGUGGUCUUUCAGUCCACCAACGUCACCGAUGGGAACAAAGACUGCGGGCUUUUAAUGCCCGCCUCCACCGCCGGCAUGGUCUACGAAGUCAUCUAUCUGCUCCUCGCCGAUGUGCUGCCAGGGGUGCUCAUGGUGAAAUGCUGCAUCUCCAUCUCCGUCCACCUGGCGUUGCAUCUCCGCCACAUGAAAGCCACCACCAACGGAACCCACGGGCCCAAGCUGGGCUCUCAGAUGAGGGUGAUCCGGAUGGCUCUAUCCCUGGUGGCCGUCUUCGUCCUCUUCCUGGUGAUAGACCUGUACGUCAACUACCAGAUAACGAUGAACCACGAGAGCAUCCUCACGCUCACCUUCCUGUUCACCUCCGUCUACACAACGGUCACCGCCAUGGUGCUGAUCUACGGGAAAAAGACUUUCUGGAAAGCGCUGAUACACGAGGUCAACGUCUGCCUGGAUGAAUAUCCGUGUUUGUCUUGUUUGAAGGUGCCUGAACAUAAAGCUCAAACCGGCACUACUGCAAAAGAUUAAACCCCGAGAAGACGAUUUGGGCUGAAAUCAAUUAGUCACUGUCUGAAGUUAAAGCUUUGAAGUAUCGUAUCAUUAUAUCUGUGUGUGGUUGCAAUUACGAUCUUAAUCAUAAAUUGCAUUUUUUUACAUCAAUAUGGUAUUUUAGCUGUGUUAGCGUAGAAGGGUAGAGCUGUACAGAGCAGCCCGGUAACCCGCUUCCACCCAAUCACACGCUCAUCACACUGUACCUAUGAACAUUAAUAUUUUAGUAGAACAAAUAAAGGUUAAGCCUGUAAAAUGGAUCCCCAAGCAGGGUUGCCUGGACGUGAUGUAACUCUGCACCCACCUAAAAAUGUUUAAAAAUAUAUGGUGACUGUGGUGAGAGUACAGAGCACAUUAAUAAAACAA